AUGAAUCCCGAUCCUGCUUUUCAGGGCAGCCAGCUCAGGCCAGGAACCGCAGCCUAUGACCAGGCAAACGAUAUAUACGCCACGUCUACCUAUGGAAAAGAGCGUAACAUGAACCCCGGAGAGAUUCUACAGCCUACAUGUGUAGAAGACAUCCAAGGUGUUGUUAGAUAUGCCAACAAAGUUGGUAAACCAAUCGCCAUCAGGACUGGUGGUCAUCAGUACAGCGGUGCUUCUUCAACUGGACCCAAUGGCAUUCAGUUGGACUUGGAACUUACGUUCCGAGACCCAACGAAGGACCUUGUAUUGAUCCGCGAUACUGAAAACGACAAGGUCUAUAUCAAAGCAAGCGUUAGCUGGGCUCUAGCUGAGGUUUAUGACUUCCUCCUCGCGAAUGGCGUUUUUAUGCCUACGGGCCAAUGCGCCACGGUCCACCUCGGAGGCCAUGUCCAGACAGGUGGCUACGGUAUGCUAGCUAGAUCCUUUGGGCUUCUUGGAGAUUACAUCCGUGAGCUCGAAAUCGUGGACCACAAUGGCGAACUGGUCACGGUGACCAAGGAGACGCAGCCUGACUUGUUCUUUGGUCUCCUCGGUGGCAGCCCAGGCAACAUCGGAGUCUUGACUCAUUUCAAAGUCGAAGUCCAAGACGACAAAAAGUACCAAGGCUCCAAGGGACUCUGGAUGGCGUUCCACUACCGCCAAGACACCUUGAAGGAGCUCCUUGACCUCUUGGUGGAGAAAGCCGAAGACCCAAACUUCCCGCGCAGCUACGACUUCACCGUCAAUGUCGUCAGUAGAGAGUCGAAUCUUUUGGAUCUGUUCCCCGGCUCAGAAGACGAACUCAAGGAGACACUGCCAAACAACAUUCACGAUGGCAAGAAGAAUAUAGCCAAUGUGUUCAAGUUUAAGUUUGCUGUCAUUGUCGUCUAUUGCCAGUGGGUAAAUCUAGGGACCGAUGAAUUCUCUCCAGAUCUCUUCAAUCGCAUCAAGCACGCCACUCACGAUCUUUUCAAAUUCUACAAAGAGACCCCUGAGGGUACCCCAAUGUCCUACAUUACAUCCAUGUGGCUCUUCAGAAGCCGUCGAGAGUUCCCCUACCCUUACAUCAAACGCACCAACACGACUAACUCGACCACGCUCUCUAAGACUGGUUGGUCCGACUGGUUCUCUGGGCGUAUCGACGAGAUUCUCUCCGUCAAGGGCAAUGGUCUGUGGGUCUCGUCUCAGUUGCAAGUUUAUGGCGGAACAGGCUCCAUGUUCAGGAACAACGCAAACAACGGCACUGCUUAUGGCUGGAGAGAUUCCACUGUUAGCGGAACCUGGGAUGUCUUUCAUCAGGAUAAUUACGAGGGGGCUAAGAAAUGGCAGGAUGAAAACGACAAGGGAGCGGCUACUCACUUUAGUAAAGAUGAUCGCCGCGUUCUUUGGGGCUCGUAUGGUGACUGGGUUAUGAAGAAUGUCUGGCAGCAUUAUUACGAGCCAGCAACCUAUGAGAAACUGCGGGAGAUCAGGAAGAAGGCUGAUCCCCAUGGCCUCUGGAGCCCAAAUCCUUUUUGCGUCGAAGCAGCGCAAUAA